UGAGCAUGCUCAGUAAUAGAACGGGUCCUAACAGUCGAAAACGAGCGUAAUCCUUGCCAGGGAAAUGACGUUCUGAGUGCGGGAAGCGGAAGGGAUUGUUGCUUGAACUGAGGCCGGAGUGGGAACCAGUGACCUUUCUGGAGGGCGCCGAGCGGAAAAACCUGACAAGAUGGGUCUCCAUUUCGGAAACCUGCAACGAAUGAGGCACGUGAUCACCUACAGCUUGUCUCCCUUUGAACAGAAAGCAUUUCCCCACUAUUUCUCCAAAGGCAUUCCCAACGUCUGGCGGCGAUUCAGUUCGCAGUUCUUCCGGGUGGCUCCUCCGUUUAUCGUCGGCUACGUGAUUUACUCCUGGGGGACUGAAGACUUUGAACGCCGGAAAAGAAAGAACCCAGCUGACUAUGAAAGCGGCCAGGAAUAAACCCGAAGGCGAGGCCCACUUGUAACAUCUCAACUGGGUCAACGCUUGCUCUUCUUCCCCAGCUUGUUAAAAAACACUUAAUAAACCUGUAUUUCUGAUCCUA